AUGCCUCCAGAAGCAAUCUCCUACCUAUUUCACCACAUUUUCCUCCCUCCCAAACUGCCUCAUGAUGAUGAUUACGAUCCCUUAUACGACAAAGCACUUCUUGACCAAGUUAUUGAAGCCCUUUGCCAAUUCAGAGAUCAUGUCUCGAGUCAUGAAGCCGAUAUCUGCACGACCGUUCUUACGAUGCUCACCCGUUUGGGAAGGACAUGCAGUUUGCAUGGCGCCGUGGAUGAGAUGGAACUGAAAAAGGCUCUUAUUGAGCUAAAUACCGAGGGUGGCUUGCUCCCUAUCUUCGUUCGCGCUCAGAACGCUGGCGUAUUAUUAACCAAAAAGAGCGUUACAAUACAUAUUGAGUCCUUUGAGCUGUCUCCGCGUAACCAAAGCAUUAUCCAGACGCUAGGCCGCCUUCAGCGUGAUUUCCCAGGCCCUGCCAUUGCCUUGGAUCUAGAAACAUUCGUUCAGUCUGGCCUCCGAGACACCAUUGCCACAACUCUUGCGAAAAUGAGCCAUCAGUCUGUUCAGGGAACGAAACCCAAGGUGCGGAAAGCAGGGCAAGGGCACGACGAGGACCGGGAUACCACAGACCCCAAGAUGGUCACUGAGCUUUUUAUGUCGUUCCUACGCCCUAUGUGUGACAAUGUCGAGAAUUCGCAGAUACAGAAGAACACCCGCGACGAGGUGAUGUGGCAUAAUGCAAAGUAUCCUUGGCGAAGGUCUUCCUUUUGGCUGCUAGUACGCGUGAUACUACAGGUCGCCUUUCGCAGACUGUCCUCGCAGACUGAGAUGAGCGAUGAUCUUUACAAACAUUUUUUGGUAUACUUCAUGAGUACCGUCAUCGAUAUUUCGCGCGAAACCAUGCCAAGGGAGCAUAUCCAUGUCAUGAAUGUGAAGGUCGCUCGCCGGCUACUCAAACUCAACUUAUCCGGCGACCCUUCUUGGUUUCCCUCGGUCCAGCAUGCCCUAGAAAGAGCAAGCAGUACUGUCCAAAGGUGUUGGCAAAAGGUCAUGUCGCAACAUAGGCUUGAACACAACAUGUCUUCUUUGGAAACCCUGGAAUUUGAUGAAGACAUUCGUUAUACGCUGUCUAGCCUUGACAAGUACCUUGAAGAAAUCCACAGGCAGGAAGAUCGACACUUUCAAGCCUCAGUCGAAUUUUCACCAAGGUCGAGUCUCGUCCAUUAUCAAGCUACGGAACUCCCGAGCUAUGUAAGUUUCACAAACCCGGAAUAUAAAACCUACAAUCUUGCCGCCUUCGAAGCGUGGGUUGCUUCAAACCUCGAUGAAUGGAUUAGAUCCUACUUAGGCGACGCGGCCACCUGUGGUCGGUUGGGUGCACUCAUCCAGAACUACCACCAGGUUGCGUUUCCGGUGUACUCUAGCAAUCCAGAAGCCAUUUCUAACAUGCUCCUCACAAUUCUGGAACUUUGGAUUGCCUGUGACCGCUCCGCAACCCAUAUCUACGGGAUGCUAGCUGAUUAUGAUCCCUGCGUUCCAGAAGGCAUGCUUGAGUCGCUUCUGCUGCCAUUCAGAUCCCAGAUGGAAAGACUUGCCCGCGCCGAAAACUAUCUGCACAAGCGGAGACAGGACCUCCGAUACUAUGGGCCUGGUAUUUUCUUAGACUUCGGUACCCCAACUUGCUUCUCUGUUCGAUACUUCAAUCAGUCAGAUAGACACCAACGCUUGCAGGCAGACAUAGAAGCUGCUGCGAGCCUCCAGAGAAGCGAAAAACAAAAUGAGCUUCGACAAAAGCAUCGGAAGUAUACUGAACUGAUGGACCAGGCCGCUCGAAUGCAGUGCGACUCUCAUGAGAUUAUUAUCGACCGACGCUUUAAAUUUCGAGAGUUCCGCCAUGAUGAGUAUUCUUGCAAAAAGUGCGGGUAUCAGCGCGAAGCUAACUGCAUCACGAUUCAUGUUCAUGAGUGGCCUCUUCCGGCAAAUCUAUCGGCCUCAAAGUCGACGGUUUUUGAAUUGAAUGUACCCCGUUCAUUCGGACAUUGGCGUGAUGCCACACUCUUCUUCUUGUGUAAUGUUUUGCAGGCUGAGUAUGCCUCGGAGGUGGCACCAUUAGCCAAAUAUACACCACAGGGAUACCGGGGCCUUUCCCCAUAUUUUACAUACGUUGAUAGUGGACUGCGUAUCGGUCUUCUGUCGGAAGUCAAGCCCCACGAGGGGACCCAUCGGCGAGAUAAAGAAAUCAUUCGUGUCACCGAGAAGGAUGUUUGUCUCAAUAAUGGACUUCGCUGGAAAUAUUAUGAUAAUGCAGUUGGAUGUUUCAUCAGCGGAUUCGAAGCCAAUUAUGCCACGGCAAAGGCAUGCAACUACAAAUUGCCCCGAAGAUGCUCGUCUCUCCAGCGGUUUUUGUUCCGGCCAGCAGACAACCAUGAUGGCCUGCCGCAUAACAGCGUAAUCGCUUCACAGUUUUCCUCUCCUGUGGACAUGUCACUUGAAGAGUAUAAGCCUCUGUGUGCAUUGCCGCUUGGUGUAAGGAUUCAGUGGCAGAACAUUCUCCUACAAUUGGCCAUGCCAUCGGUCGACUUCAAGAAAGUGGAGACGAGUAUCUUUAUGCUUCAGGUCAUCAAUCAGGCUGGACCACCGAUUGAAGAAUCCACCUCGAGACAGAGUCACGAGGUUCUCAAUGAUCACAGCUUCGCUAGUGCAAUUCUCAAUCGAAUUGAGGAAACGACUGAACGGUUUGAAGAGAAUUGGGAGUUUGUGCAUGGGCUGAGUGUGCUUAUAUUUCUCACACUCCGAGUGCUAUCUCUCUCUUCAUCUGCAGAGAUACAUGAUGAGUGUCUGAAGCGAUUAAGCCAUCUUCGCGAAAUUGCUUUCAAGUGGGUCAAUCAGGUUUCGGAGAAAGCAAGCUGCACGGUUGACGAUGAGCCCAAAAACUCCCUCCUUGCACGGAGUGUCCAUAUUGCGUUGAUCUGUGCUGAAACAUUUGACUGCGAGGAGAAGUCCUUGAAUCGCUCACUGGCCAAUUCUUCAGACGCCUCGAUUUACAUCCGAUGCUGUAUGAUAGUCAAUGACCGGAAGCAAGUGUUGCCCGUGGAUUUCGACCCCAUACUCCCAAUAUUACUCCGCCGUUGGCACUGCCUCGCGUAUCGUUGCUACCCAAUUCUCGCAAGGAAUAUUAUUCGUCAUGGGACCCCGGCCCUCGACGUGGCCAUAAAGAUGUCUUGGACGGCAUACUGCGCGUCGUCAAGUUGGUCAGCCGCGUCGGAUGAGGAUGAGACUUGGGUUGUUAGCCGGACAGCAUCUCAGUUGGCCAGUGAUGAAAGCCUGCUUGUGCACUUCAAUCUGCUAACGGGUGAGUUGCUCGUUAAUGGUCUCCCACUGGCCCGUCUGCCCUCCGAGUAUGAGCGCCACGAAACAUAUAAAAGGCUUUUUGGUCAAUCGUUGCUGGAAGUGAUGCCAAGUGAGGUGCCCCGCAUGCAAUUCUCCUGUCAGAAGGAACACAUGGGGUACACCGUACACCUGGGAAAGGAGAAGAUCGCAGACUCAGCAGGCUAUGAUCUCCACGUUCAAGCGAGGAAGGGUGAUCGGAUCUAUGAAUUUGUACCCCCAAGGCUGUUGGAUGGCUUGUUUCCCGACGCUUUUGUCGAUGACUAUGUGCACUGGUAUGAUCGAGACGGUGGAUAUGUGGAGUUUCGACCUGCGAAAGAACCCUGGGUCUCAUCGGAAUCAAACUGGAGACUGCAGCUAAAUGAUUCUCAGGAGGUUUGGUUCCUUGUGCAGGAUGGUGUAUAUCUGGUAAAUGUGCGCAGUCGAACUGCGAAUUUACUUUCCGAGAUGCUCAAACCCGUUGAGAAACCUACCAAAGUCCACUGUCUCUUCGACCCGAAAAAGUCGGUAUUGGACAUUGUCAUUCCUCGUUUUCAACUAAGCUAUAGUCUCCAAUCAGGAUUUUCUUCCAUACGGUCUCGACAAUACCGUGGCAUGUGUAUUGAUGCGGACCAGUCCCUAGAUACAUUGGCUGGCUUGCGCAAUAAGCUUGUUCUCGUCCAUGAGACCAGUGAAGAUCGCCUCGUUCUUGUCCCGGAAGGUGGCGUGUCCUGGAAUAAAGAUGGUGACCAUGUUGCUGUUCAUAUUGGCUGGCAAGCAGACACCCGGAUUCAUCCUUAUUCGGUAGACAGACAGCUUGGCCGGCUGGUUGAUAACGGCAGUUUGCAGGGUAAAUUAUUUCUGUCCUACCUACAUGCCUUGACGUCAUUCUGUCUGCCUGAUCCCUUAACAAAAAAGACUGGCACUGAGCAGGCUCUGUCCAUCCUGCGGUCUGCGGCCGUGAGAUCCUUUGACAAACUGCGGCUGGAGAACUGCACAGUCCUUGCCAAAAUCGCACAGCUAACACCAGAGAGAUGGUAUUACCCUGAUAAUAAACGUGUGAUGCAGACCGUUCGAUGGCAUCACGACCUUGGAUUUCUGACACAACAUGGAAGCUUUUACCUGGAGGUAGCGAAGAUACUUGAGCAAGACCGUCAAAUGGGAAUCUUUCACCCUGACAACCUGGCCCCGCACCCUCCACUACCACGUGUGGAGGCAGACUUAUUAAAGCGUGAGAAGAUUCGAUCAUCUGCUUUCCGUGUCACCGGAUUCGGCGCAGAGGAUUACACGCUUGAAUACGAUUGCCGCUAUAUAAGUCUCGACCGCAACCACAACUCGAAAGAAUGCUCUCGUGUCUAUACAGUGUCCAAAAUGAUCUACGAUAAUAUCCCAUCCGUUCGAAGUAACACGGCCAAGGGACUGGCUUCGUGCCUUUGGGAGUUUCUCGAAGCAUCCAAUACAAUUCAAGGCCCCAGUGCUUCGUUGGACGCUAGGCAAUUGGUCUACGAUGCAGGCUUUAUCUUGGAUCCUACGGAGCUUACGUCCAAAUAUUUGUGCAGCAUUCACCGACUACUUUGCUCGACGCGCCCCCGAUUGAAUAGAUUCCAGCUUAUGAUGUGGCUCGCAACUUUGGCGUUCUCGGAAAAGAUAAGCAUGGCUGUUCUUGGGACGUUAGCUUCGCUGUACAUCUUGCCAGAGACGGCUUCCAUUUACUCGCCAGUCAAGGAAUUUUUUGUAUUGCGUGAAGGGACCAUGAUAAAUGAAGGCAAGAUGCGGUCUCUGAUCUACUCAGCCACCCUUGACCAAACUCCAGAAUCACACCUCUCCCCCGGAACAUACGAAACGUGGUCUGCAUUUCAAAGCCGCAUAAGGGCUAUUGAGGAAGAAAACAGGAACCGGGCAGUUGAUAAGUUCAUGGCUUACUUGCAUAAGAUAUGGCCAGUGCGCGAGCCCCAACGACCGCAAUCCUGGGAUCUUCCAAGGUUGCCAGAUUAUUUUGACAUUCAGAAGGUCAUGGAGCAUGUCCGUGCGAAAUUUGCAAUCUGGCACGACAAUAAGGAAUUUAGGGAAUAUCUCGCUCGACUUGCAUCUUUAUUGAGCGCUCAGGAGAUUCGGCUUGUAAAAAUGCCGUCAAUAUCUUCCCCGUGCCACCAAAAGCCAUUCACGAGAGGCCGAAGAUUCGUUUGCGUCGAUGAUAUAUUAGGUUAUCCGCCUGUUUUUGAUACGCGUCCUCCUCAGCUGUGCGAGCUAUUGGAGACCCAAUCUCUCGAUCAAAACCCAGCUCCUCAAACUUUGAAUUUAGCCAAGACACUCGAAUUCCAAACCAAAUCGCAGUAUGAGGAACGUUACGUUGAGCAAUUGCAGAGCAGUAUCCAAUCAUUCCAAGAGGCAAACAAGAAGACACGCAUAAAUAUCAAUGCCAGCAGGCUCAGAAAAGUCUUUCUCGACUAUCAGACACAAUGCGAGACGUACUGUCAGUAUGUGUAUGCGACAAUCAUCUUGUGCAUCACACCUUCUGGGGGAGUGUCCGAGCCAGGGAGCCAAGGGGAUGCUCUAGACCAAAAGACUCUGGCACUGCUGGAAGCCAUAGCCUAUUGGCCAAGGCUAUCACCUACUAUGCUGCUUACCCAGCUAGCCCGUGGCCGGUGGCAUCAACUCCCCAAACAGUGGCAGGCCUGCCUAAUUGCCUAUGGAAAAUCUAUCACAGCCUUUCAGCGAGCAAAAAGACUAGCUAGUCUCACAGACCACCAUGACGACCUAAUACGUGAGCUUCAGAACCCUGGGCACAUCAAUUGGGACCCUCACGAAUUUCCGGAGUCUCUGCUUCUAGAAAUUGAAAACGGUAUCCUUAUCCGCGACGUGCAGGAAGAGAUCGCUCAACAGAUGAGGAACCUCAGUCCGGGUCACAAUGCCGUGAUGCAACUGAAUAUGGGCGAGGGAAAGUCAUCAGUCAUCGUUCCAAUCGUGGCCGCAGCGCUUGCGAACUCAUCCCACUUGAUCCGUGUGCUCGUCGCAAAGCCGCAAUCCCGACAGAUGUUCCAUAUGCUCGUCUCCAAGCUGGGAGGCUUAUUGUGUCGUCGAGUUUAUCAUAUGCCAGUUUCACGUUCUCUGAAAUUCGGCGAGAUGGAAGCAAGGGAAAUUGAGCGCAUGUGUCGUGAAUGCAUGUCGGAGGGUGGCGUUCUCCUUGUCCAGCCUGAACAUAUUUUAUCGCUGAAGCUCAUGUGUCUGGAGUGUUUUAUUGCUGGAAAAGAAGCAGUGGGUCGCUCUCUCCUGCGAACUCUAGACCUCUUUAGAACAACCUCACGCGACAUUGUGGACGAAAGUGACGAGAACUUCAGCGUCAAGUUUGAACUGGUAUACACCAUGGGUGCCCAAUGUCCGCUAGAACUGAGUCCGCAGAGAUGGGCUGUUAUUCAACAGUUGUUGGAUCUAGUGAGGAUGUAUGCUCCGGAUGUCAAGGAGGAGUUCCCCUGGUCAAUAGAAAUAGACGAGCAACGGCCCGGGAGCUUUCCCAGGAUACGUUUGCUCCACAGCGAUGCUCAGCAGGCCCUUUCGCAACGGAUUGCGAAGCAUGUUUGCGACAUUGGGAUUGAUUGUCUCCCAAUCUCAAGACAGCCAAAGGAGAUCCGAGAUGCUGUAUUCUCAUACAUUCUCGAGCCAGAGUUGACAGCGGACCAGAUCGCUGCGGUCGAAGACAAAGACCCGCGUCGGUUCUUUACCAAGACUACGCAAGGUCCACUUCUGUUGGUACGUGGCCUUCUAGCUGGGGGGGUCUUGGACUUUUGCUUCGGCCAGAAGCGCUGGAGGGUUAAUUAUGGACCUCACACAACCAGGUCUCCGCCUACCAAGCUUUCUGUGCCCUAUCGUGCAAAGGACAGCCCUGCUCCACGCUCUGAGUUCAGCCACCCGGACGUUGUUAUCGUUCUAACAUCACUAAGCUACUACUACGCCGGACUUUCCGAUGAGGACCUCUUUCGCGCGCUCCAACAUCUGGCCAAAUCCGAUCAGGCUGGCAUUGAAUACCAAGCGUGGGUAAAAGAUGCACCCGAGCUCCCACCCGCGUACCGUCACCUUGGAGGUAUAAAUCUCGAGGACCGUCAUCACUGCGUUCAAUUUAUUUUCCCAAAUCUCCGCUUCUCCAAGGGUGCCACCGACUACUUCCUUUCUCACAUUGUUUUCGCGAAAGAAAUGAAGGAAUUCCCUGACAAACUCUCCGCGUCUGGCUGGGAUACUGGCGAAGUCAAGGCACAUCCCACUGUGGGCUUCAGUGGAACAAAUGAUUCCCGAAAUACCCUUCCUCUGAGUGUCAAGCAGUUGGAUCUCCCGAGCCAGAAUCACACAAAUGCUCUUGUUUUGGAAUAUCUCCUCAGACCCGAAAAUUCGGUAGCAUUCAUCCCACCACGCGAUGAACCCUCUGUUUCUGCUUCUCAACUCCUUCUCAACAUGGUCACAAGUUUGGAUCCAGCAACACAGGUCAUCCUCGACGUGGGCGCGCAGAUCAUAGAACUUAGCAAUUUGGAAGUUGCGAAACACUGGCUAAGAAUGGUACCAAAUGACGGACGUAUUCAUGCGAUUGUGUUUGUGAACGAUAGUGAUGAGAUCUGUGUUCUCGACCGAAAUGGACGUAUUGAACCACUGCAAACCUCACCUUUUGCCAAGCAAUUGGAAGCAUGCUAUGUAUUCCUCGAUGAGGCACACACGAGAGGUAUUGAUUUGAAACUACCGCUCAGUUACCGGGCAGCAGUGACCUUGGGCCCUAGUAUCACAAAAGAUAAAUUAGUACAAGCAUGCAUGAGAAUGAGGAAACUGGGCAAAGGGCAGUCGGUUAUAUUCUGUAUCCCGGAAGAGGUCAAAUUCAGCAUCCUCGAGCUAUCAGGAAAGGGCAGUCAGUCGGAGAUUGACGUCUCGGAUGUUCUUCGCUGGGCAAUAGCAGGAACCUGGAUGGAUACCCGACGCAGUAUACCCCUAUGGGCCACUCAGGGCCAACGAUUCGAAAGACAGCGUACUAUAUGGGAUGAGAGCCACCAAGAUGGUCAACUUGAUAUGUCCACAAGCCAAGCUGCAAAGUUCCUUGAACCUGAAUCGCAGCCUUUGGAGCACCGAUACCGACCUCGCCAGGAUGAUACUUCAAUGCUGAGUACAAUAUCGGAUAAAACCGAGAAUCUUUGUCUGAUAUCACAGCGAUGUCGUGAGUUCGACAACCUCAACUUCGCAUCCACCCAGCUUCAGGAGGAGCAAGAGCGGGAACUUUCCCCAGAAAUCGAGCAAGAGAGGCAGGUCCAGAAGCCGCCCGAAGCUGAGCCAGAAAGGCAUAUGAUUCACCCGGAUUUGCGCUCAUUCAUUCCCACUGGAAUACUUAACAGAUAUUCUGGUGCUUACAAACCGGCUUUCAAGUCCCUGGAGAACACAUCUGCGGCAUCACAUCUGGAUGUGAUUCAAUUUCCGUCAGAACUUCUUGUCACGAACGACUUUGCGACCACUGUGAAGGAACCGAAGGGGUCAUCCUUUAUCUCGGAUUCCUAUCAGCGACCAGUGCAGUGGAUUCUCACGAGCUGUCGACUCCAGAAUCGCUCCUCCAGCAGAAGGGUCGCGCAGACUGUGGUCAUUAUUAGUCCAUACGAAGCCAAUCAACUGUUACCGGAGAUUCGGAAGUCAGAGGCAGUAACUCUGCACAUGUAUGCACCGCGCCAGAAUCUCGCAUUCUCAUCUUUGGACAAGCUGAGUCUGUACAAUGUACCCGCAACUCCUACUUCAAUUGAGAUCCCCGAUAUCAUCAAGAUCCAGCUGAAUCUGUUUGCCGGACAGCUAUACCUCACAUCUUACCGUGAGUAUCAAGAGCUCUGCGACUUCCUCGGGGUGGCUUACGUCAAGACACGGGAGGGUCUCGCUGUUGCAGAUGAUGGCUUCAUUCUGGGAGGUAAUGGCAUGACUACGUUUAGUCAGAGUCCGCUCAAAUUCCUUGGGGUUUUCAUGUCGCAGGUACGAAAGGAAUGCCGGGAAAUUGACAAGACGCAUAUAGGCAAAAUUGUUGCUGGCAGUAUUCUUUGUCCGUCCGAUUUUCAGAAUUCCACCGAAAUGUCAAUCCGGGCGCGCGGGGAUCAUUGA